AGACACCGCCCCGCCAGUAAACAGACACACCAAAAAUAGUCAACUGAGAAACUGUGAUUCACAGAGCGGGGCUGUGAUUUCUCCAAGUAUUACAGGGCGUUACACCAGCUAGGCAUCCACGUCCUGAUUGUCGAUCGAAUACGAGAUGUUUACAAGGUGACGAAGGACAGAACGUAACAUCGGAACAAACUUCGUUGUCUCCACUGCGUUGUAUAACAAGUGGCAAAUCCCGCUAUCCGAAGUGAUCCUCAACCUCGUACUAUGGCCGUCCUGUCCGAGAAACGUGCUGCCCUGGCGUUUGUUGUUAUCGAGGUGGCCAUCUUGACCACCUAUUUUGUUGGGUUCAUUCUGCCGAGCUGGACAGUGGUGACCGAGGACACCUGGAGAGAGGUUGGUCGAGCGUCCAUGGGGAUCUGGUCAGCGUGUGGAUUCAGUCACGACAUUGACCUUCUGGCUGGGGACUUCUACCAGGACGAAUGUAUCUCACUGCUCGAAGUGGGCGUCCCAGGAUGGGUACGGGCAACACAGGCAUUCGCUGUCCUGGGUCUGUUUUUCGGUGUGGUGUGCGUAGUUCUCUCCCUUGUGAUGGCGCUCGGGCCCUGGGACGAGGAUACCAUCUUCAAGGUGUUCCUGCCAAUCUGGUAUAUCGGGGGCUUCUGUAUGCUCGUCACCAUCAUCAUCUACGGAGCCAGCUUGCCCCCUAGGGAACGCGAAGUCCCUCGUCGCAGCAUCGGCUCCGAGUACACCCUCACCACAAUCCGGUGGAAGUUCAGGACGGGCUUCGUAUUGGAGACGAUAGCAGCGUGUUUGUGGAACGCAUUCGGCUUCGUGUUCCUCUGUGCAAUAUGCUGCACGUGAACGCUGCAUUGAUGAACGGGUAUACAGUGAAAGGGGCACGAGUGACCAGGGUCAGUUGCCCUAAAUGUUGUCUGACUACAACUGAUUUGGACACGGUGUUUACUGCAGGAGAUCAUGCAUGGUGUGACGGUACGUUAUUAAAAACACAUCUAUAUAGCCAAGGCAGUAUUAAGCGUGGUGUGACGGUAAAGGCUGACGCGGCGUACGAUGCAUAUCGACUGAGUUGUACAUGUAUUCGCCGCUGUGGAUUCACCAGGGCGAUAAUUACAAUGACUUGAGUAUGUUUUGUGCAUGUUUCUGUACCCAACAUAAAAACACAGAUUUCUGUUCUCUCACUAGCAGACAAUGCAAACUGUAUAUGGAAAGUUUAAAUUGAGUAGGGGAAUUACCUGCCCAUAACUGUCUCACAAGCCAUUUCCUACCGUAAGUGUACAAGUAAUUAGCAGGGAUGUAUUUUUCCUCGAAUCUAUUUAUGAUCGAUACACGUGUACAAUAUGAAAUUCAUCUUCUAUAUAGCAGGUACAGAAGAGACAUUCUCUUGAAUGUAUUCGUAGUGACCUAGCUGAGUCUAACCAUGGUUGAGCGAUACUGUUCAGGUUGUACCUGGCACUUAAGUGAUAUGUCAUUAGAUCAAUAUAUUUUAUAACUGAAAACUAAAUAUAAUUUUGAUGACAUUGACAAUAUGGCUAUACAUAUUAACAUUGCCAAGACAGACAAGAAAUACCAGUACACUUUAAAUCUUCAACCCAAACAAAUACCAGUUCACUUUAAAUCUUCAAUCCAAAUAAAUACCAGUACACUUUAAAUCUUCAAUCCAAAUAAAUACCAGUACACUUUAAAUCUUCAACCCAAAUAAAUACCAGUACACUUUAAAUAUUCAACACAAAAAAUAUGAGUAUACUUUUUCAAAGCAAAGGAGGUGAAUGUUUAGUUAUAGUUGUUGUUUUUAAAGUAAUCACAUUAUUAUAUAUAACAACAUGACCACAGGUUUUUUUGCCUUCAGUGUAUUAUAUUCACUACAGUGAACGAAUGCUUGACGUUCAUUGAUGUUUACUUGCAGGAACCAGCCAUGUAAAACGCAAUCCUUUAUUACAAUCUGUUUACAAGCUGCAUACGACCGGUCAUCAGAACUAAAUUGUGCAUGCUGUAUAUUGAUUAUUAAUAACCAGCUUUUAUUCAAUUACAUACCGUGUGUAAUCAUAGCAAAUGACAGAGCGAGAGAUACCAUACAGGAUGUCAUACCGCCCUGACACGCUAGCAGGGAGACCUGGCGCUGUGCCACUACCAUAUCACCAGCUGUUAAUGUAGUCAGUGUGCUUGUGUACUCUCUGUUACGUACUUAUAUUUAAUAAAUUAAAUACACAAAGUUGCCUUUUGGAGGAAUACGUUUUUUGUGGUGCCAAUAACAUAACAAAGUGUAACAAAGUGAUAAUCGUUAUAUAUAAAUGUUAAAAUGGUAUGAAGGUGAGGUGAAAUGGGGUUUAACGUCGCGUCCAAGAGUAUUGCACUUAUCUAGCGACGUGCAUGGACGUGUGUGUGUGGCUGCUUGUACUAGUCCGGAUUGAUGCCGAUUUAUAGUGCUAGCCCACUGAGAUACCACGCCACAGUUUAACAGGAAUACCCCACUCAGACACAGUAUGCUGACUCCAGGCCGACCAGUCCUUGUUUAAGCCCCUUAAUGCCGAGCGCCAGACAGGGCAGCAACAAGUACAGUAACAGUAAAGUAACGUCUAUAGGUAUGACGCGGCCGGGGAUCGAAACCCGGACCUUCUGCUCUCCGAGCGGACGCUCUACCACUAGACCACGGAAUCGGCCUUAAAACGCGGUGAAAGCAGGAGUGUUAGAUUAAAUAUGCAAUAUUUAUACCUGUAAUGAGGAUGACCUUGGGGGAUGCAACGUCUGCGUUGUCAAGACGAAGGUGUGUUCUCUUGCGACGCAGACGGUCCAUGUUAGCCCCAUUGAGUACCCCGUGUUUGUGACUGCGCCACCAGCGUUAGAAUGAUUGCACAUGGGUGAACAGAAGGGUCAAAAAGUUUACAUGAUGUAUACUCCAAGCAGCGUUGUGCUUCCUUGUUCCCGUUCGGAGCUAGAACAUAGAAGGCCUUAUCAUAGACAUGAUUUGUCAUUAGAAAAAAAACUAUCAUAUUAUGUAUAUGUUGCUACAGAUACUAAUAUUUUAUUGUAAAUUGUAUUUUUAUAUUGUCUAGCAUUGUUUGUCAUUGUGAUUUGAGACAUUAAGAUGUUUAUUUUACAAACUCCAUUUUUAAGCUUUAGCAUAGAUUCAGUGUAUAUUACGUUUCUCAGUAGAAGGUAUUAACUUAUAACCAAAGUGACCUUUGCCGCGUAAGGUUGAACAUGUUCAUCAUAGAGAAAUCAUGUCCACACGUGGUUAUGUACACUAGGUAAUACUAUUUUUGUAAUAGGUAAUAUCAUAGUCUUUCUUGUAGUAAUUAUUUAAUUCGGGAUAAAAUUGUUUUGGACAAGAAUCGUAAUCCUUUUAGGAUUGGAUUUGAAUGGAGGAGGGAGGCCUAAAUGGUCUGUCGAUGAUGUUGUAUUUGGUAUAAAGGCAAGGUAAUUUCGUUGUUAAUUUUAGAAAUUGUUUUCUUUGAUAGAUAUGUUUUGUUUCGCUUUUCACUGCUAUUGUUGAUGGAAAACAUAUAUCACAGUAGCUACUUUAGCUUAUACUGUUUAAUUUUUUUGGUUAUAGAUUUAUAGUGCUUUUACUGCAUGAUUUGUUAGAUAUCGUUACCAUUGUUACCUGUAAAUAAACUGUUCUGAGAA